GAGCGCGAGAGAGCGAGAUAAAACAGAAAAAAGGAGGAGAACGGGUGCUGACAUUUGAGACAGGAGACUUGAAUAAUGCAGAGGACUUCUCUAUCAGCAGCUUAUUUUUUCUGCUUGCCAUUUCAACUACAUACAACACAUGCAGAGCUGUGAUGUCAUCGAGUUGACCCACGUGAAACUCAGAGGAUGCACCUCAUUUUAAUGUGAUAGAAGCACAUCUACCUGCAAAAAUACAGUAUAUAGUUUUCAGAGUGCUUCCACGGUGAUAUACGUGUCUGGUGAUGAAAUGGCAGAACAUUUAAUGAUGAGCUAAUUAAACACCAUGGCCCAGGAGGCUCUGUGGAAAUACCCACAAUCCUCAGCUCCUUGAUUUACACUGACAGCAUCUCAGGCUCAAGGAGAAAACCUGUCCAAGCUAUGAUGUCAGUCUGUGUGCCAUCACCACAUAACUCCUCUCCCACUGUGGAUGUAGCCAAUCGCAAUGGGUCCCAGGCAACUCCGCCCACUUCCCUCAGCCUGCGUUCCUCACACAAUGAACUGCUUAGCGGAGACGUUAUCAAGCAGGGUCAGGCCACGCCCCCUAAGUGUCGGAAGAAGUAUGCACUCACAAACAUUCAGAGCGCGAUGGGACUCGGUGAAGGCGUGACUCCACCGUCUUCUUCUUCAGCAUCUACCGCCAAUUCAAAACUGGCCAAAAAUGGUGCGAAUCAGUUACGUAAAGCUGCGGAACGACAGGAUCACAAUAAGAACAACUCUAAAGAAGACGAAGAUGGAAACACAGCUUCUGAAUCAGAGCUCAACAGUGAUGAUGAAUUAAACAUUGAAUUAAGCUUUGAUAGUGAGUCUAACACUGACAUUGAUUCCAAUAACGAGCUUGUUAACGAGGAUGUAAAUGAGUUGGUUAAUGAUGGCACAAAUGAGGAGGACCAUGUUCAGUCUAUGGAGAAUUGUGAUGACCUGUGCAUUUUACCUGAGAAAACUGAGAUUGUCUCAGUCAUGAAGUCCUCCGAGCACCUUAAGACCAAGAGUUACCUGCAGUCAUGCCUUGAUGACCUGUCAUAUGACCAACCUGAUACUCAGGAUGAUGAUGUCACAAAGCCUUUGCUAGAAAAAGAAAAGAAUCCCUGUCCCACGUCUCCAAGGAAACAGCACAGCCCCGAAGACACACCCCUGCUGUCUGUCAGCUCUUCAUCUUCUUCUUCCUCCCCAGAGACAAAAAAAGACAGACCACGGACGGGAGCCAAGACAGAUCGUGCACUAAACCGUAUCCAGAACCUACCACACAGUGACGAGGAGUCCAGCUGGACCACAUUGUCACAGGACAGUGCAUCAGUGGGCUCACCAGAGGAUAGCGAUAUCUGGGGAGAGCAGUCAUUUCAGACAGACCCUGAUUUGCCUCCAGGAUGGAAGAUGAUGACAGACAUGGCUGGUAUUUAUUACUGGCACAUUCCAACGGGCACCACACAGUGGCAGAGACCCAUCCCAUGCCAUCCGGUGCCAACUGGAACCAACCAUGCCAGCCGUAAACACUCCCUGGGCUCCUUAUUACCCUCUCCCACCCCGGAUCAUGAAUCAAUGUCUCAUGCCGAAGUGUUUUUUGGAGCGUCGAGUCGUUCAGGCAGCACCACCUCUGAGAUCUCCUCUGACCCCACCACCAUCCCGUCCUCUUCAUGUCUUGAACCCAUCCCCAUCCUCUCCUCAAACUCUUCCGUAUCCUCUGACGGCAAUGUUCCUUCCUGUGGAUUUGUCAACAGCUGCUACUUUCCUCGUUCUUCAUCCCUACAGAUAAUGGCAGCGAAGGACAGACACUCUGAGAUGCACAAUCAGGAAGAGGACAAGAAACAGCCAUGGACUGAUUUUGCAGUGGGAAAGAUUGAUAGCGAGAUCUGGAAGGAUCUACAGGCAGCAACAGUGAACCCUGACCCCAGUCUGAAGGAAUUUGAAGGAGCAACUCUCCGCUAUGCUUCUCUCAAGCUGCGAAACCCUGCUCCGGUUGAAGAGGAAGAUUCCAAUAGUAUUAACAGUGACCCUGAAGCCAAGUGUUAUGCCGUGCGCUCUCUGGGCUGGGUAGAAAUGGCUGAAGAGGACUUGGCUCCUGGUAAAAGUAGCGUCGCUGUUAACAACUGUAUCCGUCAACUGUCCUAUUGCAAAAACGACAUCCGAGACACCGUGGGCAUUUGGGGAGAGGGGAAGGAUAUGUACCUCAUUCUAGAGAACAACAUGCUGAAUCUGGUCGACCCAAUGGAUCGCAGUGUUUUACACUCUCAGUCAAUCACAAGCAUUCGUGUAUGGGGCGUUGGCCGUGAUAAUGGAAGGGAUUUUGCAUAUGUAGCGCGAGAUAAGGACACUCGGAUAUUAAAAUGUCAUGUGUUCCGCUGUGACACCCCUGCCAAAGCCAUCGCUACCAGUCUGCACGAGAUCUGCUCAAGGAUUAUGGCAGAGCGCAAGAAUGCAAAAGCUAUGGCUGGAGGAUCCCUACAGGACAGGACACACGCUGGGCUCGAUGUCCCACUACAAGCAGAGUUCCCCACACCAAAGACUGAAUUGGUGCAGAAAUUCCAGGUGUUAUACGUUGGCAUGAUGCCAGUUGCUAGACCUUUAGGCAUGGAUGUUGUCAAUGGUGCAAUAGACAGUUUGAUAACAUCAUCAACCCGAGAAGACUGGAUGCCUGUGAUGCUGAAUGUAGCUGAUGCAACAGUCACAGUCAUCAAAGAGAAGGAGGAAGAGGAGGUCCUAGUGGAGUGUCGUGUACGUUUCCUGUCAUUCAUGGGAGUAGGAAAAGAUGUGCAUUCAUUUGCAUUCAUCAUGGACUCUGGGAACCAGCACUUUGAGUGUCAUGUGUUUUGGUGUGAGCCCAAUGCUGGCAGUGUGUCAGAGGCUGUUCAGGCAGCAUGCAUGUUGCGGUAUCAGAAGUGUCUGGUGGCACGCCCUCCAUCUCAGAAAGCCUGCUCACAGAUGCCCCCUGCUGAUUCAGUCUCACGCCGUGUCUCCACCAGUGUCAAACGUGGAGUUCUUUCAAUCAUCGACACACUCAAACAGAAGAGACCUGUCACUGAGCUUCCCCAGUGAUCUGGCACACAUGCACGCACACUCACUGUCACACGCUCUGCAUGCUUAUAACUAUCACAAUGUUCUGUACAGAACAGUCACAUAAUGGAAAUAAAGAAGAAGUCAAGGACGAAAACAACCAUGACCUGAUGCCACAAAAAUAUACCCUUUAUUCAGAAACACACACCUGAUCCACUAACUUCGACCUCUCUCUAUUCCACUACCCAUAUGUCCGUUGUGAUCUGCAUGGGAAGCCACAUCUCUGAAGCAUGACAUAAAUCAGCAGGCUCCAUCCAGCUACAAAAUACCGCCCUAUCUGGACAAAGCCUGAUUGAAGUUCCUCAGCAGAGAUGACUUCAUUAGAAUGAAAGUUUAUGUGUGUGUAAUUCAAGACAAAUAUGGCUUCUUUGCCUCACCAGAGGUUCUUUGGUAUUGUGACAGUUAGUAACUGUAGCUGCAUGAUCAUAUGUGUGUGCGGUGUGUGUGUGUGUGUGUGUGUGUGUGUGUGUGUGUGUGUGUGUGUGUGUGUGUGUGUGUGUGUGUGUGUGUGUGUGUGUGUGUGUGAUUGUGAGUGAGUAGAGGAGCUUGAUGCUGCUUAAUUUGCUAAAGGAUGUUUUUACUUUAAGUGUCAUGAAACAACCUAUUUUUUGUUACUUUCUAUGUUACACCCUUUAUUAUGCGCCAGUUAGUUUUGGUCCUCUAAUCUGAUUGGAAAAGUGGUGUUCCAAGAGUGCUAAUAUUUAAUAUACGUGGCAGUGGGGCGCUUCACUGUUUGUAUCACUCCGCUUGUCUGUGUUUGCAACAUUCUAGACAGGCUGUCGGUCUGUGCGUUACUCGGCAACAUGUAAGCCUACUUUAGCUUCAUUUGGAACUAUUUUCAUUAGUGGAGCAAAUAUAGACAAAAUAACUGGCCAUGUUGUGUCUAAAAUGGAAGUUACUCGAUAUAAACUUUUUGUUUAUAGAACUGUUGUAUAAAACCACUACCACACUUGCAUUCAUGAUGUUCGUCUGAAUAGCUGAUUAUCAAUACAACAGCACUCCUGCUUGUGUGAUAUUGCUUUAAGGAAUAGUGCACCCAAAAAUGAAAAUUCUCUCAUAAUUUACUUUUUUUUUUUUGAAGAAUAUCUCAGCUCUGCAGGUCUAUACAAUGCAAGUGAAUGGUGACCAAAACUUUAAAGCUAUUUGGAAGCAAUCCAAUCAGUUUUGGUAGUGUAAUCAAGCUUGUAAUCAUGACCGUGCCUAGAGACUGCAUUGGCAAGUUGUACAGUGAAAAAGGAGUUAUAUCUUCUCACCCAAAAUCGAUUAGAUCGUUUCAGAAGAUAUGGAUUAAACCACUGGAAUCUUGUGGACAUAUACUUUUAUGCUGUCUUUAUGUGCUUUUUGGAGCUUCAAAAUUUUGGUCACCAUUCUUUUGCAUUGUAUGGACCUACAGAGCCAAGAUAUUCUUCUAAAAACCUUUGUUUGUGUUCUGCAGAAGAAAGAAAGUCACACAUCUCUGAUGGCAUAAGAGGGAGUAAAUGAUAAGUGAUUUGUUUUACAUUUGGGUGAACUAUCCCUUUAAUUAUCCCGAUGAAUGCAAAAAUAGGUAAAGGAGAGAAUGAAUGGAUGAGAGAAAGUGACGUCAUAUGACCCACUUGUGAAGGGUUAACAUGUAAAAACAAAUCAAAGCUUUCACCAAAUUUAAUUUCCUUCAAGAAGCUCUGCAUACACUUUUCUUCACUGGACUUCUUCUGUUGACAUGGUGGCUCAAUAAGAAACAACACGUGAAAAUUAAACUCACAAUCACACAUCAAUGGAUUGAACAUGCCAUAGACUUGCCCUACAUUAACACAGUUAGUGUGGAAGGGGAUGAUCCAUUCGGUUUAGAGUGCAGUUCUAACGUAUGAAUGUGCUUUUUAUAUUUCCAAAGUGAAAUUGCCUUUUUUCCUUUAAAAGAAUGUUGAAGAAGAGAAUCAAAUAACUCAUGCUGAAUGAACUUUGUAAACAGUUACAAUUCUGCUUGGACCCUCAGUGUAGUGCUUACUUUUGCAAGGAACUCAGACUUGAUGCUCUUGGAUAAGGUCAGCAGUGACUGAAAGAGAAAUAAAAAAGGUAUAUAAAUGUAUACCUGACCAAUUGGAACAGGUUUGCAGCACAUCCAGAUUAGUGGAAAAACACCAGGGUCUGUGAAGAGCUUUUUAAUUUAAGAAAACGUUUCACACAUUUCUUUGACCCAUACACACCCACGUGGUCUUUCCAGGCGUGCUGCCUGUAGUCCUAGACUUAACAACACCCUUUUUUCACAAGGGUUUCAAAGAGUCACUUAUAUGAGUACAUACAUUAUCUAUCUAUACACCAAACAUCAUAUCAUAAGCUUUUAUUUGACAAAUUUCAGAUACUUACAUUUUGUCAUGUUUUUUUGUUUGUUUGUUGUUUUUGCCUUGGCAUGUCUUGUGGUCCCUUAUAUUUUGGCCAUACUGUAUACAUAUCAUUGUAUGAGUUGUAGAUAAACCAACUGACAAUAUAAGAUAAAAAAGAAGAGAGAAAAAUGGUAGAGAUUAUGAAUGUGAAUUUAUUUUAUGAGAGCUAGCUAUAUGAAAGGAGAUGUGAACUGUAAGUGUCUAUCUAUGCAUUAUUUUAGCUCUGUGGACGAUUUGAGAACAAAGACACAUUGCCUUGCAUGUCCUAGGACAAUUUAAGAAGAAAAACUGUACUGAACAGAAAUUAUAUGUUUGAAUUAAUUUAUUCUAUUUUAUAUCAGUAUAUACAGGUUUCAUUGUGAUGUAUCAAAUGCUCGGACAUUCUUCACCCUGUCUCAAAAUUACCAAUCACAAUGUCUGGAAACAAGAAAUGUCAAUCUAAAACAUUGUACAGUUUCUUUUUUACCCUGAAAAAGUUGUGUAUGCUCAUGAUAACAUUUGUAAGGCCUUGAAAGAUCAUUACAUUCUGCCCAAACAAACAUUACAUGUUGUAAUUUAGCUAUAACUUCGGUUUGCUUAAGAAAAUGUUCCUAAAGUUAGUGACAGACAAUUGAAACAAAUUAGACAUAUUGUUCAAGGUCCACUUUUUCAUAAUUAUAAUUAAAACACAUUUGAUUUUUUUUGGGCAGUGUGAGAUGUGGUUAGCUAGCUCCACUAUUACCAUUAACCAUUACUCUUGUAUCUUGAAGACUCAAGGCAACCAUAUUAACUUUCACCAAGCAGAUAAUCAGAGUAUGAGCUGGUGAAAUAAUUACCAUCAUCUGUAUACAUACGUAUGAGUUCAAAUAACCUGGCACAUAUCAGUCUGCUUAAGUUUGUUUUCAUUCAUUUGAUUCAUGUGAAUUUCACUCAGUGAUACACAGAGGAAAUUGUAUUAUUGAGUCUUAUACAAUUCAAUGUAUUCUUUUUGUUGAUUCAGAACACAUUCUGUUCAAUUACACUUUUUUUGUUUGUUUUGGAUUUCACAGUGAAAAUUAAUUACACUUUAUAUUUAAAUAUGAUCUCCUUGACAACAGCCAGAGUCAGCUGCUUCAUGAAAAACCAGAAAGAGGGAGGAGUCUUAUGGGUAAUGUAGUACAGUAAAUAAAUUCUCUGUUAGCCAUGACUGCAUUUGUUAGAUUGACUGUAGUGUUCUUGCAUGGUGAAACACUCUCUGAUUAUUGGCUUUCAGGUAAUAUCAUCACAAGGAUUAACAAGCAAAGAAUUAAGACUCAUUAGGUGAAACACACAAACACGUUUUUGGUGGAAAUGCUGGCUUUCUGUGCUCUACACUAAUUUGUACACCAUAUAAAUGUAAACUGUUGUGAAAUAAAUGGCAAAUAAAAAAAAAUAAG